UCUCACUUGUUCAUAUUUGGAUGUCAUACACAGACUUUAAACAAGCUUUGCACCUCUCUCUCUCUCUCUCUCUCUCUAUAUAUAUAUAUAUAUUUAUAUAUCCUUCUGAAUUAAUUCCAGGAUCUCGGAGUUAAUUUGUUGGGCAUUUCUGACUCAGACUAAAAAUUAAGAACAAAUGUAUUCGAUUCCAAGUUACUGUGAAUUUGGGAACCGUUCGACUUCUGUUAACUUUCUUCAAGGAGUACUAAGCUCAAUGGAUACAACUAAUGUCAGUAAUUCAAUGACGAGCUCGAAACCAACUGCAGAAGCAAAAGCCAUCGCGGCGUGUAAGAGCCACAGUGAGGCCGAGAGGAGGAGAAGAAAGCGAAUCAAUGGUCACCUGGCCACUCUUCGAACUCUCCUCCCUAGCACAAUCAAAACGGACAAGGCUUCGUUGUUAGCGGAGGUGGUCCGGCGUGUGAGGGAGCUGAAGAAGGCGACGGCGGAAUUGGCAGAGAAAGAUAGUGUUCAAUUCAGUCAUAGCAGUAGUAGCAAUGAGUUUUCGUUUCCAAGUGAGACAGAUGAACUGAAGUUAUGUUACUGUGAAGGAGAAUAUUCGGACACUAUAAAGGCGACAGUGUGCUGCGAUGACCGGCCGGAGCUGAUAUCGGACGUGAGGAGGGCGGUGAGGUCGGUGGAAGGGAAGGUGGUGAAGGCGGAGAUGGCGACGGUGGGAGGGAGGAUGAAGAGUGUGUUAUGGAUAAAAGUGUCAUCAGCAGCUGUUAGUAGUAGUAGCAGCAGUGGAGAGGAAGGGUUAGGGUUACUAAGAAGAGCACUGAAGGUGGUUAUGGACAGGGCUGGUUUGUCUCCUGAGUCAGGCCAGGGUUUGCCGGGGAAUAAAAGGCCUCGUCUCUCUCAUUACUGACUUUUUUAGGGUUUGGUGUUUUGGAUUGAUGUUGUGAGACACACACAUACACACACUGAAUGUUUGGGGUCUCACUGCUUCUACUGAUUUUUGGGGUUUGGGGUUUGGAUUGAUGUGUUGAGACACAAUUACUGAAGGUUGGGGACCAUUUGGGCUCAUGGAAUUUUCUUGAGAUUGGGACUUGGAAGGAGUACCUUUUUAGAAUGAAAAGAUCAAUAGUGUUUGGAGCUGAUCAUGAAAUAGGUGGAAGGAAUUGCAAGCUAAGGUCAAGAUGUAGUAGGUUUUAGUGUCUUGUUAGUCAUUUUUAACUUUGUUUUAUACUCGGUAACAUGUAAUUUGGAAGGCUAGUGAUUUUGUUUUUUUUUUUAGGGUGAGAGCAACAUAUGAAUUGGUCAGUGUGGCCUGUCCCAUUAUGGCUAUAUAUAUAGUGACACUUGUAUGACAUCUGAAGGGAUGUCAGGGAUUCUGUUUGUUAUGUAUUCUUAAUAGGGGUGACUGGGUGAGCUAGUUUGGUUU